AUAAACGAUGCUCAUCAAAAAAAGGGAUGAAGGCAUAAUGAAAAUCUUAAUCGAAGCAAUCCACGGGGAUAUGCACAUCCGAUGGUGGUGGUUGCUCAUAUCACGUCCAAGUUGUUCAGCAAGACACCAAAUCCCAGCGUUUCAUACCAGCAGCCGUGGUUGAUGGAUCGGCAAACUUGUUCAUUAUCGGAAGCUCGCGGAAGCGCACAUCAGUGUAUAGAGUGUGUGGGUGUGUGUGUGUGAUUGUGUGUGCUCAGUACUCGGUUAUUUACAGCUCUGCACGCUGGUGAGCGUCAGACGUUGCUACUUUUCCAGGAAGGUAUCCAGCUAGCUUUCAUCAUCCCGAGAAGCCGAGUGGCCGUGUUGGUUGGUUUUCUUCGACAAGACGAACAAACCGUUUUUUUCCCCGCUUUCCGUGAGUGAAUCAAUAUUAUCACCGACACCGAGAGUGCAUCGAUUAUAAUCGCACUGGAGAACACACACCCGUGCCCGUGGUUCGGUUUUAUGUGUCGCCCUGUUCGAGCGAGGUCUGUGUGAUGGCUCGUUCGGUGAAAUCGGUCAAACCGGGCCUACUGCUCGAACCGGCCACCCUGCAAACGAGCUCCGUAUCUGCCGGCAGUUCACCAUCCGGACGUCGUAAAAGUGUGGCCCUACGAACCGGAAGCUUCGACGAGCAGCAACUGCUGCGGGCUGAGUUGGCGUCGCGCGGUGGUGCUUCCUCGACGCCGAACACCGCUCCCCAUGCAUCGCCAAAGUUCUUCCGAACGCAAAGCUUCGGUGAUCGGUUGCUCGCGUCACCAAAGUUUGUGAAGUCGAAAAAAAUGUUCCAUUCCAUCGGACAAAAGUCGUCCUCGUCGACGGUGCUAUUUUUCCCGCCCGAAUCUUCAUCGCCUGCUGCGAAAACGAGCGGGACUAGCUUUGGAUCACGUCGCAAGCAUCCGGUGGAGGGAUCGGUUCGUGCACAGGAACCUGCAACAUCUGAACAAUCGACCCCGGAGCGUGAUCCACUCGGUGCGUACCGGGAGGAACUUCGGCAACUUCGCCAACUCCAGAAGGAACGCUUUCGGUCACGGAGCAGCAGCAUUUCCAUCGAGCGGUGGAAUGAAAGUGCCACCGGACAGAGCACCUCGGCGACAGAACUCAUAUCGAGGAGAGGCGUUUUCUCCAGGCGCCAUUAUGGAUCAGUGGACCAGCUACCACAGUCAGAGAUUGAUGGAUUGGAUCCGAACUGUCGCCGGUUUCGGUUGGAGAAUGGAGAAUCGUUAGCCGAGAAGGACGAGGUUUUUGGAUCGCCAAGUAUUCCUAUCCUGGAGAACCCGGAACAUCAAACACGAUGGUACUUCAAGUAUUUUCUGGGAAAACUACAUCAAAACUAUGUGGGAAUCGAUUCGGAGAAGAACCCAUACUUUCUCUCGAUCGUCUCGCAGGACUCAGGCAGCAAGUGUAUGCCACUGUACCGUGUAAUGCUGUUCCGGAAACAGGGUGCACAGAAACUUGCGCUGCCGUACAACCCGCAGCAGAAGCUCACGGUGAAGCAGAUACUAUCCAACUUCACGCUGAUGGACUCGAACAAAUCGCCAAAGGAAAUCUUUUCCGCCGACAUCCAGAAGGAUCUGCUGCUGCUCGAGGAACAGGAGGGCUCGGUGAACUUCAAGUUCGGCGUGGUCUACAUGAAGGCGGGCCAAAAGUUAGACGAUGAAAUGCUGAGCAAUGAAACCGGAAGUCCCGAGUUUGACGAUUUUCUUACCCUGCUCGGGGAAAAGAUUCGGCUAAAGGACUGGGAACGGUACCGUGGGGGACUCGACGUCAAAGGUGACAUGACGGGCAAGUACUCCAUCUACACGCUGUACGAAGGGCACGAGAUAAUGUUCCACGUAUCGACGCUGCUACCAUUUAGCCGAGAUAAUCGACAGCAGGUCGAACGGAAGCGGCACAUCGGCAACGAUAUCGUCAACAUCGUUUUCAUCGACGAAGCGUGCUCGGGCGAAGAGACGGAGUUCAUACCGAACAACGUAAAGAGUCAAUUUACGCAUGUGUUCGCCGUCGUGACCAGGCGCGGUACGCGCUACCGUUUAGCUGUCUACUGCGACGAAACCGUACCACCCUUUGGACCAACGCUGCCCAAUCCACCCGAAUUCGAGGAUCCGGCCGUCUUCCGGGACUUUCUGCUGGUGAAGCUGAUCAACGGUGAGAAGGCCACCUUCCAAACGCCGACCUUUGCACGGAAGCGUGAACGGACGCUGGAAAUGUUGAUAAAGGAUCUGUACGAGGAGUAUGUGCACGACAAUAAAAUGAAUAUGCUUAAUAGACGAGCAUUCUCGGAAGUUCUUUAUGAUGCGCCUCGCACCUCGAAGCUGAAGGAGGACGCCCGCCAGGUCGAGUUUGUUCGAAUCGGGCAAGCUCUCAAGUUGGAAGCGAUCGUGCGAGGUGACGCACCGACCAGCAUCGCAUCGGCCGGCACCGUCUUCAAGCGUCCGCCCUGGGAACCGCACUGCUUCUAUCCCACGUUCCAGCCACGGAACGAUCUGGUCGGCGAUAGCUGGGGCCAGGAUCAACUGUUCCUAGCCUCGGACGAAGGUACAUAUCUGAUCAAGGAGGACCAAACGCACCGGGUCGUGUUCGACAAGACGCUGUGCGUGAAGCAGCUGAACGUGGUGGAAGAUCACGGCAUCAUGCUGGUGCGGGGUGGAUCCGCCCUCCAGAAAGAUGGCCACCGGAUACACGUGUUUCGGUUGAACGAGUUUUCCGACGAUCGGUUGGUGCAACGAUCGCGCGUAGACGUGAAGGAGCGACGGAUCGAGAAGACUCGCGGUUGUCAUUUGUACGCGAUAUCAAGGGCUGGCGAGGCACAUCUGCGGAUGGCGGUAGCCGUCGGGAGGAAGCUGUUGAUCUACCAGUGGAAGCAUACCGCGGCCUGGACGUCCUGGUGUCCGAACAGCGAUAAUGACACGGUGGAAGGGUUUCUGUUUCUGAAGGAGAUUCAUCUACACGACUCGCCGACGAUCAUGACGAUACUGGAGGGAUCCUGCCCUAAUGCGGGGUUGCUUAUUUGUGUCGGGUAUCGGCAUCACUUUGAGAUCGUGUCCGAGCUGACGGGCCAUGCGACGAAGCUGCACGAAACGGAUACGUUGAAGCGUACCCAGACACAUCUGGUGGCUGCGCUGGAUCUGUACGAUGGUCAGGACACCGAGCUUCUGCUGUGCUAUAAUCAUACCUGUCACUUCCAGAAGCUCUCCGAGGAGUGCAACAACAGCACCGAGUUUGACUUCCAGUUCAAUACGCCACCAUCGUCGGUCGUGUGCGCCUUCCCGUACAUCAUCGCAUUCACCCCGGACACGAUGGAGAUCCGGCUGCUCGUGAACGGCAAUCUCGUCCACACCGUCACGAUGGCUGAACUGCAGCUCAUCACAUCCAAGAAAGACAUCUUCUUCGUUACGACUGCUCCCGAGUUCAUUCCCAAAGGUGCCAAACUGCGUGGUCUCGAUGCGGAGGAUCACGAACAGAUGAACAAACCCAGAAUCGAGGAGAGUCGUGUCGUUCCCGACGCGGAUGACUCGUCCACCAGCCCGGGACGUAGUAGACUGAGUUCCGAUGAGGAAAACUCUUCCGGUGGUAACGCACCGGCUCCCGAGUCGGAUCAGAGCGAUCCUAGCAAGGAACCGAUCGCCGGCGGACUAACAACACCCCAGAUUCAGCGUGCAAAGUCACUGCAGAACCCCAAACCGGAGUCGGAAGUGAGCAAACCGAAAGAGGUCACCCUGUCGGUGGACGAUCUAAAGCGACCAAUUUCCAAGAGUAAUUCGUACGGUGAGGCCGGUUCAUCCUUUUCCAUACCGACCACAACUUGUAGCAAAGAUUUGGCGAAACAUUUCGGAGCUCAACCGCUACCGAACACCAAGGAUCUUUGCCGACACUUUGGAGAAGCGUCCGUACCGCCGAACUCUCCUCGGAACAGCACGAUCGUGAAGGGCACAUCGCCCAGCUCUCCGACGCGUAAGUCCUUCAUCCGACAGCCGACCCUGAAUCUGGGCAAAUCGCAGACGAACGAAGGCGAAACGUCCCCUUCGAACGGGUCGUCCAACAGUAAGCCAUUGCGCGUCUACCGCAUACCGCUCACCAAUCUGACCGGCACUCACGUCCAGUCGCACCACUAUCACUAUCCAAGCAAUGAUCCUGCCAAGAAACCGAUCGCGAUCGCUACCAAGAUGCAUCCGAGUGCGGCCAUUGCUGCGGCGGUCGUGACCCGGCCAAGCGAGAGUGCUCAGGAGCGGGUACGUCAGCUGCAGUCCUCGAACGAGGAGGACGAGGAGGGCAUAUCGCCGUCGGACGAGUCGCACGGUGAGGUGGCGGAGGCGGCCGAGGUGGCCAUUCCACCGACGCUCAGCAUCUUUGACCAGAUCCAGCAGGAUCUGCAGGAGCUCAGUAUGAAGGAUAAGCGCGAGCAGGACGAACUGUGCAGUUCGGUCCUGACGCCAUUGUAAGGUGGAGGUAGUAGCUAUACGGGAAGUCUCUUGCUGCCACUGACUGGUUUUUUUGUUGGGAAGGUGUACACGGACAAACACGCACACACUCGGAGAUGGGACGCACACUAUACUACACUAAGCAAAUGGUUUCAUCAUUAAGCGCGCAUGCGUUUUGUUGAUGUUAGGUAAGCAAACAUGGCGGCACCGGUGAUCGGUCGUGAUCGCCAAAAACGUCGUUAUACCCUGAGCACUGAGAUGAUGAGAUGGUGGUUGUCGAAGUCUAAGCGCAAUACAUUGGAACUGAUUAUGCACUGGGAUCGCUUGUUGGAGGCAGGAAUCGCUUAGUAAACAGUUGUAAGGUUUUCGCGAAAUGGUUCAUGGUUCCGAUGUUCGGGUUCGGGGAAAUGGAUCAAUUCAAUCGAGCCCCUUGAAUUGGUUCCACACACACUCUCUCUCACCACCGGCAGCAUUGUGCUGGAACAUCCGAACCAAGACAAUUUCUUGUGUUGAGUAUUUUUAGCGAUGAAGAAAUGUGUACGGUCGAUCGUGAGAAGCGGCAGCGUGUUGUUCAUUAUCGAUAAUUACUAACUGUAGCUCUAAAUAACCGAAGUACACAAACACACAUACCUACCAGGAUAUCGCAAGUGUUGAACAAUAUACCCCCAAGAGGGGUAAACCGAGGCCGACUGCUGAUAGGGGAAGAAGGUGUUAGAGACACCCGUAGGGCAAGAGUAUUUUAUUGACAGAGGAAGCAGUUUAGUGUCCGUCGCCAUGUUGGAACUAGUGCUCAUCACAAGUAUUAAGUAGAAACAAACACACACACACAAACAUAUAUACAUAGAGGAAAUCAUGCUAUACACAUGACUAUGGCAGGAGGACACAUACAAAGGCAACUGUUCUGCCCCGAUCCUUUCGGAUAUUUCGGCUUCACACAACAAAAAAGUGGAGGAGAAGACCAACGCCGGCGUUAUCUAUUUAUCUUCUCUCGUGAAGCCCUCCCCCGCCACUAGUACACUCACUCACUCACACAGGCGGCAUGUUGUUUCCCUGUUUUCUUGCGCUGUGAAAUUACAAAACAAAGAAGAUAACACAGAUUAAUGUUCAUAAGCUGUAACACAGCAGAGCAGCACUUAGGAUGUUGAAGUAGCCGUUGUCCCGAACUACCUAACUGGAAUCUAUCUCGUCCAAUCCGUCGAAACUGUUGUGCUACAAAAUGGCUGCUGGGUGGACGGAACUAUGACACACAACAAACUAGUACACACUCACACACAAAUGCUAUAUGUUACAACGUUGAAAUGAUUCAAACCAAAGAGAGAGAGAGAGCGAGAACGUACGGAAUCCGCACAUAUUAUACCGAACUGUAUUUACUUGCUAGAAAACUAUUAACACUACAAUAUCAAGCUAUUAUUUACACUUCGCUAGAGGAGCCUACAGCCCCGUCUGCCCACAACCUGUCCGGGGGAUCGGAUGAGGGGUCACCGUUUUAUUGUGUGGUGUGGCGCAUGUAUGAGGUAGCGGACCACAGACAAAGCAAAUAAAGGGUUUUAGUUUAGUUGAAUGACU